AUGGAUCCAGAUGAUAUCGUCACAGAUCAGGGGUUUGGCGAGUGGGAGAGAUUACUCAACGACAGGCGUAGGUUUCCCCCUGUUGCAAGUGAGCGGAAAUGUCAAGCUUGUGAGCGUGGGGAAGAGAGUCUAUUUGGUACUCUUGAGAGUCGUUACUAUAGCAUGAUUACCCCCCAGCUCCGCCCAGAAGGGUUUCCUUCAAAAUACCAAUACCUUCCCCUUUCUGGUUUGAAGUCAGUUCUCAGCCGCGAAAACUUGGAAGAGAUGAGGCAGCACUGGUUUCCACGUGAAGACUCUGCUGUAUGGUACAACCAAAUAUGGGGAAGUGGCUUUCAGACGAGUCGUGCCCGGAUAUUUGCGCUUCUCUUGCGGUUAGAGAAGCCGCAGCACAUCAAGUUAUUUCGUUCUCACAGGUUGUUCGACGCUUCGCUUCCUCUUAUACGCGAUCAUGCAGUGUUUCAAGAAAAAGGUUUUACCGACAAGGAUGCAGACUGGUUUGUUGAAAAGCAGUAUAUUGUCCUUGCUCCCUUUUUCCAUUUCAACUCCCAAAAGAUCAAGCAUUAUAAGCUCACAAACGAGACACGGAUACCUCUUUUAUACAAAGAGCAGGUUAAGGGAGGGUCGGGGACGCAUGGGCGAGUGUGCAAAGUGCGGUUCCACCAUGAUCACUUCUUCUGUGAAGAGCACGAGAAUUGGGGAAUCCCUGGGCCGUUUUAUGCGUUGAAAAAAUUCCAUCGUGAUCGCGAAUCCAAAAAGGACGAUUUUUACCAUGAGCGAGUAGCUCUGGAACGAUUCAGCGGAUCCCAAUCAGGUCAUAUACAUCUUAUUCCACUCUUGAUGUCUUAUGAAACGGAAACCACAUAUUACAUGGUUUUCCCCUGGGCUAGAUACAAUCUUAAGCAGUUCUGGAAAAAUGUCCCAAACCAGCCAGACUCCAAUAAGUCGCUGGAUUGGAUGCUUCGCCAAUGCCAUGGCCUCGCCAAGGCUCUACAGAAAGUUCACAGGCAUAACAGUUGGAAAGGUCGCCAGAACCGGGGUCGACACGGAGAUAUCAAGCCGCUCAACAUCCUUUGCUUUAGCUCUCAAGAGGGCGACGACGAUACUACCGACCCUACCAAAUAUCGGCUCGUCAUUGCUGACUUUACUCUUAUGAGAUUCCACUCCCCUAAAUCUGUCGACCGGGGCACGGCUUCUGAAGUUGGAUACUCUCGAACCUAUCAGCCACCCGAAACCAGGAUGGGCGGCACGGAGCCAGUCAACCAAAUGUAUGACGUGUGGACGUUAGGCUGCGUUUAUCUCGAACUAAUAACUUGGCAUUUGCUCGGAUCCAAGGCCAUUUAUAAGAAGUUCAACAGAGCAAAUGAGCCUCAGGUGCUUCAAGGGUUUCAGACUCUACGGAAGUUGGAGGAUACUAAACAAUAUGACCAUGUCGAGGAUAAGUUCUUCAACAUAGACGGAGAGAGAGGGCCUAGUGUAAAAGGCUCGGUCCCAAAGUGGUGUGAUUUUCUACGCCAGCAGCGGUAUUGCUCUGAGCAGCUUGGCCUAUUUCUAGAUCUAAUCAAGAACCAUAUGCUAAGGGAACGGCCCGGCCAGCGAUACAGGAUCGAUAAAAUAUGCACUGAGAUGGAGUAUAUUCUUGCAAAUUCCGACGAUGGUCACGGAUAUCGUCUCGAUCAACCUUUGGAUGAGAUUGGCACCAACAGCUUCCCCCCUCUUUUCACAUCCGAUACCGAGAAAUAUCUUGAAAGCUUUUGCAGGCUCCCACCAGAAUCUUGGUCCAAAACCAAGCCUAAUGAAACCCACGCCAACGACUUGGACGAAAAGAUAUUCUUACAAAAGCUACUAGGAGUCCCUGGCACCUCGAGUGGGCGGACAUCAAUGGAAACCACGACCGUCAGCAGAGCCGCUUCGACAAUUGAUCGAGGGUCUGUAUCGCAGCCGACGCAGAGGCAGAGCCGUCGGUUUCUCUCUCCUUCAGAUGCCAUUUCUAAUCCGGACACACGCCUUGGAAGCGCGCACAGCAACGGAAGCGAUGGAUUAAAGAGUUCUAUUGACUCUAUGGAAACAAAGCUGGUGGAUUUUCUGAUUGCGAACGAUUCCGCGGUUGGAAAUAUGAGAGAAAUCAGUCCUGAAAACCAACGACUUUCCACGCGCGAUCGUGUGAUGCAGAAACUUGAGCGCUUAAAGUCACGUUUACGAAAUUGGGUGAAGGAUAUGAUGAAGAGUUAG